GAACGAUUAAACCCAUAAACCCUCUGUAUCUGGUUCGCUCUGAAUCUCAGACUCGGUAGUGAAGUGAAGUGGCUGUGGUUCUAUUAAAAAAGAAAUACAUACAUACAUACAUAAAUAUCGUAGUAUAUGAUUCUUCAGAUCUGUUCAGUCGCCACCCUGGGUUGAUCGAUUUCAUCGCCCAACCAACCUCAGAUCCGAAAUGUCAAUCAGCGACGCUUUCCUCUGCUUCCUAUUCAUCGCCGCAACCUAUUCGAUUUCUUCUGCUUCCGCUGAUUCCAUCUAUGGCUGCGGUGGAUUUGUUCAGGCAAGCUCAUCGUUGGUGAAAUCUAGGAAACAAACUGAUGCCAAAUUGGAUUAUUCACAUGUCAUGGUUGAGCUUCAAACAGUCGAUGGACUGGUAAAGGAUAGAACACAGUGUGCUCCGAAUGGAUACUAUUUUAUUCCAGUGUACGACAAGGGUUCCUUUGUAAUUAAAAUUAAUGGACCUGAAGGAUGGUCAUGGGAUCCUGAAAAGGUUCCUGUGGUGGUUGACAAUGAUGGAUGCAAUGGCAAUGAAGAUAUCAAUUUUCGUUUCACAGGGUUUGCUAUAUCUGGUAGAGUUGUGGGAGCUGUAGGUGGAGAGAGCUGUUCAGUUAAAAAUGGAGGUCCUUCAAAUGUAAAAGUUGAUUUAUUGUCUCCUUCUGGUGAUCUUGUCUCUUCAGUCUUAACUUCAUCAUCAGGGAGUUACUUGUUUACAAAUAUAAUUCCAGGAAACUAUGAACUACGUGCUUCAAACCCUGAUAUGAAAGUUGAAGUUAAAGGUUCAACGCAGGUGGAGUUGGGCUUUGGAAAUGGGGUAGUUGAUGAUGUUUUCUUUGUCCCUGGAUAUAGUAUCAGCGGGUUUGUUGUUGCUCAGGGAAAUCCUAUAUUAGGAGUCCAUAUUUUCUUAUAUUCAGAUGAUGUGUCUGAGGUAGAAUGUUCACAAGGUUCUGCUCAUGGUCCCCGCCAAGAAGCAGCUCUUUGUCACGCUGUAUCGGAUGCUGAUGGAAAGUUCAUAUUCAAUUCAAUACCUUGUGGAACUUAUGAACUUGUGCCCUACUAUAAGGGUGAGAAUACAGUAUUUGAUGUUUCACCGUCCAGUGUCUCAAUUAAUGUCAAGCAUCAACAUGUACCCGUGACUCAAAAAUUCCAGGUAACUGGAUUUUCUGUUGGAGGCCGUGUAGUUGAUGGAUACGACAUGGGAAUAGAGGGUGUUAAGAUCAUAGUUGAUGGGCAUGAAAGGUCUAUUACUGACAAUCAAGGAUAUUAUAAGCUUGAUCAGGUUACGUCCAAGCACUAUACCAUAGAGGCCCGAAAGGAGCAUUACAAGUUCAAGAAGUUGGUGAAUUAUAUGGUAUUGCCCAACAUGGCUUCAAUAGAAGACAUUAAUGCCGUUUCAUACGAUCUUUGUGGUUUAGUUAGGAUGGUUAGCAGUGGUCUGAAAGCAACGGUGGCUUUGACUCAUGGGCCUGAUAAUGUAAAACCACAAAAGAAACAAACAGAUGGAAAUGGAAAUUUCUGCUUUGAGGUUCUGCCUGGUGAAUAUCGCUUGUCUGCUAUUGCUGCUACUCCUGAGAAUGUAGCUGGACUCAUAUUUGCCCCAUCUUAUAUCGAUGUUGUGGUCAAAAGUCCAUUGUUGAAUGUUGAAUUUUCACAGGCUCUGGUCAAUGUUCGGGGUGCUGUAUCCUGCAAGGAGACAUGUGGUCCAUCAGUAUCUGUUACUCUUGUUAGACAGGUUGAUAAGCAUAAUGAUGAGAGAAGGACAAUUAGCUUGACCACUGAGAGUAGUGAAUUUCUGUUUUCAGAUGUUAUUCCUGGAAAAUACAGGCUUGAGGUUAAACAUAGUUCCCCUGAUUCAGUGGCCAUGGAAGAUAAUUGGUGCUGGGAGCAGAGCUUCUUAGAUGUAAAUGUUGGUGCUGAGGACUUAGAAGGAAUUUUUUUUGUUCAAAAAGGCUUUUGGGUCAAUGUUAUCUCCACUCAUGAUGUUGAUGGUUACAUGACUCAACCAGAUGGGUCAACUGUGACUUCAAAGAUUCGGAAAGGUUCCCAGCAUAUAUGUGUCGAAUAUCCUGGAGUACAUGAAUUUAGUUUUAUUGACUCAUGUAUUUUCUUUGGGAGCUCACCAGUGAUAAUUAAUACGUCUAACCUAUCGCCCAUCCAUCUAAAAGGAGAGAAGUAUCUUCUUAAAGGACAGAUAAAUUUGCAGUCCGGCUCACUUGAUACAUUGCCUGAGAGUAUAGUUGUUGAUGUUUAUCAUGAUGGAGCUGGUGUUAUUGAUAAGGCUACAGCUAUACUUAAGUCUCAUGGGAAAGAUCAAACAGAUGCUGCUGUAUUUGAGUAUUCUGUUUGGGCCAAUCUAGGGGAAAAACUUACCUUUGUUCCUCGAGACUCAAGGAAUGACGUGGAGAAAAAACUUCUAUUUUAUCCUAGAGAACAUCAUGUAUCACUGACAGACGAUAAUUGCCAAGCUUCUAUUCCUGCAUUUUCCUGUCGACUGGGUGUAUAUAUUGAAGGAUCAGUUUCACCUCCUAUUUCUGGGGUUCAUAUUAGGAUUUUUGCUGCUGGAGACAGCAGCACCACUGAAUUUAAAAGUGGUGAAUUAGUACUUGAAACAAUCACUGGAACUGAUGGCUCCUUUGUGGCUGGUCCUCUGUAUGAUGAUGUUGGUUACAAUGUUCAGGCUUCAAAGCCUGGUUAUCAUUUAAAACAAGUUGGGCCUCAUUCCUUUAGUUGUCAGAAGCUUAGUCAAAUUUCAGUGCACAUACAUCACAAAGAUGAUGUUAAAGAACUGAUUCCUUCUGUUCUAUUAUCUUUGAGUGGCGACAAUGGUUAUAGAAACAAUUCCGUAUCUGGAGCUGGAGGGACAUUUAUAUUUGAUAACCUGUUUCCUGGGAUGUUUUAUUUGCGUCCUGUUAUGAAGGAGUAUGCUUUCUCACCUUCGGCACAGGCAAUAGAGCUUGGAGCUGGGGAGUUUAAAGAAGUUAUUUUCCAGGCCACCCGCGUAGCUUACAGUGCUACAGGCUUAGUAACUCUGUUGUCUGGUCAACCCAAAGGUGGAGUUUCAGUUGAAGCACGGUCAGAGUCAAAAGGCUAUUUUGAGGAAACAGUGACAGAUUCCUCUGGGAAUUAUCGUCUGAGAGGACUAUUGCCUGAUACUGUCUAUGAUGUCAAAGUAGCUAAAAGGGAUGUUAUGGGGAGUUCUAAUGUAGUGCGUGCAUCUCCAGAUUUCAUUACUGUCAAGGUUGGAACUGAAGAUAUCAAGGGUUUGGAUUUCAUAGUUUUUGAGGAGCCGGAAAUGACAAUUGUAAGUUGCCACGUCGAAGGAAAUGGUACAGAUGAACUUCGUAAACACCUGAUGGUAGAAAUCAGGUCAGCUAGUGACACAACCAAGAUAGAGUCCGUCUUUCCCUUGCCGAUUUCUAACUUCUUCCAAGUGAAGGGCUUAUCAAAGGGCAGACACCUUCUGCAGCUUCGAUCUGGUCUCCCGUCAAGCUCACUUCAAUUUGAAUCCGAUAUCAUUGAGGUCGACUUGGACAAAAAUAUUCAAAUCCAUGUAGGCCCAUUGAGAUUCAGAAUUGUAGAUCAGCUGAAGCAGGAGUUGACUCCUGCACCCGUGUUCCCCCUUAUUGUUGGAUUUCUAGUUGUUGCGCUAUUUCUCAGCAUGCCUAGGUUGAAGGAUUUGUACCAAGCCACGGUAGACAUACCUACACCAGGACUUGGUGGGGCUUCAAAAAAAGACAUUAGGAAGCCUAUAUUGCGAAAGAAGACUUACUAAGGCUUAUAGGUAGGCAUAAUCUCUUAGUUGAGCUAGUUUGAUAGCAGUUCUCACGUUCUCCAAUAGGUUCAGAUGUUCCUCUUUAUUAAUAUGGAGGAGCAAGUGCAAACAGCAUGUAAUCUAUAAUUCUUUCUUGUUUGUUAGUAAACUUAGUAUCAUGUCUGUUAUUCACUCUUUCGUGUAGGAGCAAAAGCAAAUAGAAGCAAAAUGUUGCUGCUUGUGAUUUUUUCAUUUUUGCGCCGAAGGCAUUAAGCUUGAAUAUUUUGUCCCUCUUUGGGUGUGCCUGAUUUGUUUAUAAUACAAUGGAAUAAGUAGGUUUUGCUAUUUAAUUAGUGAAUGUACGGUGCUAUUAGAUUAA